GCUGAAGUCUGAACUCCACCUUCAGGCAGAAUGAGGUUCAUCCCCGGAUGUCUGCUUCUCCUGCUGCUGGUCAGCAGCCUCUCUCCAGCCCACGGUGUUCUGGAGGCCUUGAACACGUCCUCUAAGUGUAGAUGCAUGAAAUCGGUUUCAUCCCUAAAGAGGCGCAACAUGAUUUCCCAGAUUGCAGUCUAUGUGCCUCGGGAUGGUUGCCCACACAUGGAAGUCAUAGUCUGGUUGAAGAAUAGGUCAAUUCUAUGCUUGAAUCCUAAAUCCAAGUGGACACAAAAUCUGUUGGUAGAUUUACAGAGAUUACACAUCCCGACAAGAGAAAGAGGGUCCGCAUACUAGACACAGAAGGCCUGAUGCCAACAUCCCAGCAAGGACACCUGCAUCCCUCCUCAUCCCUGCUCUGGGUUCAGUUUUAUGAUCAGUUGAAUCUUUUUUAAAUUUUUAUUUUAAAGAGCUUCCCCAUACAAGCAAGCAUGAAAAUGCAUGUAAAAAUCACCCUUUGGAGGCUGAAAUGGCAAACUUAAACUUUUUGAAUAAAGAAGCCUACAUACAUGGAGUUUGCAUUCUUACUCAUCAGGGAGGAAAGUUCCAUUUAAGUGUCUUUUACUAAUAUACCUAUUGUUGAAUGCUAAAUUUUCCUA